AUGGCAACCACGACGCUCCUCUCGCCCGCCGAGCUCGCCUACCUGCACAGCACCCUCAGCCUCACCCCGCCCAUCCGGCCCGACGGCCGCACCGCGACCCAGUUCCGGCCCCUGACCGCCGAGACAGGCAUUCUGCCGGGCACCAACGGCUCCGCGCGCAUCUGCUUCGCCGACGGCACCGAGGCCAUCGUCGGCGUCAAGGCCGAGGUUGAGAAGACCCGCCUGUCCCCCUACCAGGACCGCAACGGACGGCGGCAGGGCAGCAGGAGGAAAGGCCCGGCAAAGAGCAAGCAGGGCAAGCCCGAAGACAGCGAGGACAGCGGAGAAGAAGAAGACGGAGAGCUUCAGGAUGCCGAGGUCAAGGGCUCGAACGACUGGGUCGAGAUCAGCGUCGAGAUCCCCGGGUACCGAGACGACGACAGCUCGACCGUGUUCCUGGGCACCAUGCUGAGCGAGGCCCUGCUGGCGGAUGGAGACUUCACGAGACGGCUGUGGAUCAACCGCCGGUUCCAUUGGAAGCUGUACAUCGACAUCAUACUCAUCUCCCCACCGCUCUCAUACCCUCUCCCCCUCCUCAGCCUGACGAGCCAUCUCGCCCUACUCUCGACCCGCCUGCCCAAGCUCAGGUCGGAGGCAGACGAAGACCCCAUGUUCGACGACGACUGGGCGGCCUCGACCUUCAUCUACCCCCAAACCGGAGAAGGCAGCAAGACGAGCGCGACCACACGCCCGCCCAUCACCCUCCUCGUCAUGGCGGUGGGCGACAACAUCAUCUUCGACCCGUCCAAGGAGGAGCUCGCCGUAGCCGACAGCGCGCUGGCCGUCUCGGUCGGCGAGGGCCAGGCCCUGCAGGAGAAAGCGGCGGAGGAGGGUACUAUGGAGGUAGACGCCAGCGGGGUCGAUGGCAAGCCCGGCCGGGCCCUGCGGCUGCUGUCGGUGCGGACCAUCGACCCGCCCUCGAGGCUGACGCCGCCGGGCGUGCCCAACUCGGUCAACGCGUCGGCGUGGGGCCAGGGCGGGGCGGCGAGCAAGAACCCAGACGCGCGGCAGGCCGAGACGGGGGACGUGGCCGGCGUGUGGAAGGCGCCGCGCGGCGGCAUGAAGCCGGCCGUGCUGGGCGCCAUGGUCGCCAAGGUCCUCGAGAAGGGCGGCGUGGCCGACGAGGUGUUGGACGGCCUGCAGGGCGUGGAGCUGGCAUAG